CACAAGAGGAGAGGGAUGAAGACGACGUGAAGUGGGCGGUUUACUUUGAGUAGUGUUUGGUUAAGAAGAAAAAAAAAGUCAGAGAGAGACACAGAUAAAGCUGAGGCAAGCAAGGAAGUCAGAUAACAGCACUCUUACAGUACUUACCAGGACAUCGUAGCAGUGAACAAGACGCUUGUGAAGACAGAGCAGAGGAUAUAACACAUCUUUGUACUCUUUCCUUCCAAUGAAAACAAUGAAGUCUCAAAUGCAGAAAAGUUUUGCAAACUUCUUCUUUGAAUAUGAAACUCCUCGACAGGUUCUGGUCAAGAACAAAAGAGUGGCAGUUGUGUGCCGAAUUAUCCAAAUGGGUGUUCUAGCCUACAUCAUUGGGUGGGUGUUCAUGUAUGAGAAAGGCUACCAGACAGUAGAUACUGCCAUUGGCUCCGUCUUCACCAAGAUGAAGGGAGUGUCCUUCACAAAUAUCAGCGGAAAGGAGAGGAUAUGGGAUGCAGCCGAUUAUGUUUUUCCUGAACAGGGUGACUCAUCUUUUGUUGUGAUGACGAACUACAUUGUCACUGUGGGACAGAAACAGGGAAAAUGUCCUGAGUUGCUAGAUAAGAAGAUCAAGAACAACUGCACUUCGGACAAGGACUGCGAUGAGGGCAAAUACAAACGUACGGGAAAUGGGCACAUGACAGGCAAGUGUGUACAAAAUACCAGUACAUGUGAGAUCUACUCCUGGUGUCCUGUUGAAAACGACACUGACAUUCCAAAGCCUGCAAUCCUGCUGACAGCAGAAAACUAUACACUGUUCAUCAAAAACUCCAUUACCUUUCGCCAGUUCGAUGUAGUAAGGAGUAACCUGGUGGAGAGUGUGGAUCAGAAUUACAUCAAUACCUGUUUGUUUCAUCCCAAGACUGAUCCACUGUGUCCUAUCUUCAGACUGGGAGACAUUGUUGAGCGUUCCGGGUUCAACUUCACAGAGAUAGCUUAUGCGGGUGGUGCUAUAGGAGUCCUCAUUGACUGGGACUGCAAUCUGGACCUGAGUAUCAAACACUGCAAACCAAAGUAUGAAUUCUAUGGUCUUUAUGGAACAGGGAAAAAUGACGAAAAGGAGAAACCAUCAUUGGGAUACAAUUUUAGAUACGCUAAAUAUUAUAUGGAGAAUGGGGUGGAGAUGAGAACACUAAUGAAGGUGUAUGGUGUACGGAUAGACAUCAUUGUUCAUGGACGGGCAGGAAAAUUUGAUAUCAUCCCAACGCUGACCGCCAUAGGCUCAGGCGUAGGAAUCUUUGGAGUGGCAACCGUUGUGUGCGAUUUGCUCCUCCUAUAUUUAGUUCCAAAGAGAGAUUUCUACAAAAACAUGAAGUUCAAGCAUACAGAAAUCCCGGAAGAGACGCCAACCUUGCCCCAGUCACAGACAGAAAAAGAUCUACAGAAGGAGUGAAGUCAGGACGGCUGCCAUGACGACUGACUAUUGCACUGAAGAGAAAGAGAGAGAGAGAGAGCAACAAAAAAAAAAACAACACCUCAACACUGGA